AUGUGUUAUCACGUGGAUAUUAAAAAUUAUGCUUUUGAACUAUUUGACUGUAUAUAUACAUGUAAGUGCAUCAUUCAUUUCUUCGCCGUGAAUAAAACGUUUUUAUUUUACUUUAUAGAAGCCCAACGGUUCAGAAUAUCAAACAUACGAAAUCCGCAUCCUGUUCCUGCAUUUAGAUAUAACCCGCAUCAUGACAUAGGACAUAACCCUAACAGGUUCUCUCAUAGUCAAGGAUUUGUUCCAAACAGACAAGAUUCGUCGAGGGAAAUAUUUCAAACACACGCAGGUCAGAGAAUUUCCCCCGUUCCACAUAAUGCCAGAAGACAAUCAGUAUUCCGAUUUCAGGGUAGAGGUAUUAGGCAGCAAGGCAAUAACAAACAUCAUUUCAAUACCGGAGACAUUAUUAAAAAGCCUACGUCUUCAUUAACAGAAAGAGUUGCGAAUCAAGCAAAAUCCCGAACAUCAUUCCAUGUAACUCCACAUAAAAUUUCAAAACCGCAGUUCAGUUUUCUUUCAGCAAUGACCAACGAUUUCCAAUCAAAAAACAUUGUCAAGCCACCUCAACAAAAUAUUGCACAUUCACCCACGAGAAAAUGGACGCUCAUUAAACCAAAGUUCUCCAGUGAUGAAAUAUCUGAACCAGCAUAUUUCACUUCAGUACAAACCAGACGUCGUUUUCAACUAACAUAUGUCAAUGGAAGACCUAGGGAAAUGCACCAGCGAAUAUUUCCAUCUCCAUUGAAGAAUACCAAGAGAGUUAAGUCUGAAAAACGAACAUUAGCGUCCCCCUUAGUUCCGAAUAUGCGACCAGAAAAUCUUGUCAUUGCCAAUGUUCAGGUUCCAUCAGACCUAGUCAAGAGUGAUAUUAGUCAACGAAACCCAUUUGAAAAUAAAUCAAAAUCAACACUUGUCCAUGUCGUCAACAAUGCUCCUCAGGUCGUAGCAUCUCCUAAACCAGUAGUAACACUGGAUAAGAUCGCACUCCCAAAACAGCUACGAAAAAAGCCCAAAGCGAAAAAGACAAAAUCAAGCAUUCGUAAAAUGAAAAACAAGAAAGGAAAACAAAAAGUCAAAAAGACAAUAAAAUCUAGAAAACCAAAAGUAGUGAAGAAAAGCAAGACUAUUGUCCCCAAAUUUAAAACAACUAUAGAGAUGAAAACAACACCAGCACCAGUUAAACCUGAUUCUACUAGGACCAAAAAAGUAACGAAAACACCAAUUACAACAGAAAAAAAUGCAAUCGAUGACGACUUUCUCCUUCCACGAGGCGGAUCUAGUGGAUCUUGGGAUAUGGAUCACGACUUUGCAAACUCCGGUUCGCAAGAGGUUACAGACUCCCUCGGUAGGGACCGCUUCCUCCCAGGCUGUCACUGUACGAUGUUUUGUGGACGUGGGUACGACUUUGCAGGGUUUUGUGGAGUGUCAUCAGCCGAAUUCUUCCGUCCAAGACUAUCCAAAUGCUGUCCCCUCAGAAAUGGUUCUGGGGGUAGAAGUCAACAAAUGCCAUUCUUUUUCGAUGAUUAGAUAAUUAUGUUGUCCAAAGGCAGCAUAAAAUCUCAAAUUGGGAGAACGGCUUAAAACAUAAU